GGCAGAGGCCGGUGACCUCGGGGACCCCGGGCUCUCCGGGGCCGUGCCCUCGGAGUCGCGUCCAGGCUGGACUCAGGUCCGCAGGCCGCGGUGGCGCUCCGAGCCUCUUGGAUUUCCGACGUGAAAGAGGGCGUCGGGGAGGGCCCCGCGUGGAGGGCUCCGUGGGGUGAAGAGUUGGGGUGCGGCGAGUGGUGCCUGGAAGACGCCGGGCCGGAACUGGGCGGCCCCCAGUGCCUCACCUGGCCCGGGGUGCGCCGCCCCGGGGCGGGGCCGGCCGCGGCUCCUUCCCGUCCGGGCAGGUGUGCGGAGCCGGGGGCGCGAGCCGGCGGCGCGGGCACGAUGAAUAACCCUAUACCUUCAAACCUAAAAUCAGAAGCAAAGAAGGCUGCGAAAAUAUUAAGAGAAUUCACAGAAAUAACUUCCAGAAAUGGUCCAGAUAAGAUCAUUCCUGCCCAUGUGAUUGCAAAGGCAAAAGGCCUUGCGGUCCUGUCUGUGAUCAAAGCUGGAUUUCUGGUGACAGCUAGGGGAGGCAGUGGGAUUGUCCUGGCACGCCUUCCAGAUGGAAAAUGGUCUGCACCUUCAGCCAUUGCAAUAGCUGGGCUUGGUGGGGGAUUCGAAAUAGGAGUUGAGGUAUCGGAUUUGGUAAUAAUUUUGAAUUAUGACAGAGCAGUAGAAGCCUUUGCGAAGGGUGGAAACCUGACACUGGGAGGAAAUUUUACUGUGGCAGUUGGGCCUUUGGGAAGGAACCUGGAAGGAAAUGUGGCCCUGAGAAGCUCUGCAGCUGUCUUCACAUACUGCAAAUCAAGGGGACUCUUUGCUGGCAUUUCCCUAGAAGGGAGCUGUUUGAUUGAAAGGAAAGAAACUAACCGGAAAUUUUACUGUCAGGACAUUCGAGCUUAUGACAUUUUAUUUGGAGAUAUUCCACGGCCUGCUCAAGCAGAAGAUCUUUAUGAAAUUCUUGAUUCCUUUACUGAAAAGUAUGAGAGUGAAGGACAACGAAUCAACUCCAGGAAAGCAGCCAGGGAGCAGAGGAAGGCUAAAGAAUUACCUCCAAAACCAUCAUCCAGACCACAGCAGUCAUCUGGAGUAGGCCAGCUGACCUCUGGCUCACAAAGUAACAGAAAUGAAUAUAAGCUGUAUCCUGAGCUUUCUGGAUAUCACGAGAGAGUUGACAGCUCUAAUCGACCAGUAGAAGUGACGGCACUAUACUCCUUUGAUGGGCAACAGCCUGGGGACUUGAGUUUUCAAGCUGGAGACAGAAUAACAGUUAUUUCAAAAUCUGACUCACAUUUUGAUUGGUGGGAAGGAACACUUCGAGGUCAAACUGGCAUUUUUCCAGCCAACUAUGUAUCCAUGGAUUAAAUUUUAUAUAAUUUUCUUCUUUGAUAGUUAAAAAAAAUUAUUUCUAAACUAACAGGAUUUACCAUUCAGCUAAGCAUUGUUUAAUGUAAGUUUAAAACACUCCUAUCCUUCAAACUUCAGUUGUAAAAGUUUUUUCUCUUUAUAUAAAUAGUUAACUUCCAUGUC